GUCCCUUCCCUCAGGUCUCACCGAUAGGACGCCACAUCCCGUGCCCUCCCUCUAUCUGCAAGUUUCUCAUUUUCUGUAUACGCUGCUUCUUGUUCUCAACAACCCUAAUCAAUUUCUCUCUUCCUCUGACUGGUUUUCCCAGCGGUUUCACUCAGCGUUUACACAGAUCAUUUUAGGAUUGCGGUCUUCCCUCCCUGCCUAUCAUUCUUCCUCAGAUUAAGCUUGUGAAGGCGUAUUUUUUAGGGUAAAUUUGACUGCUUUAGCUGGUUUUGUUGUUUGAAGUCCGAGGUCUGGGUCUCAUGAGAAUUGUUAGGGGAAUGCAGAGAUCGUUUUGCGUGGGACUGGGCUGGAAGUCAUCGUUCAGACAAGGGAUUGGCAUCACUGUGCCCAAGGCAAGAACACGCGACAAACCGAUGAACAGGGUUUUGGAACUUUAAAUUCGGGAGAGGGAAAUUAGGACUGAGCUUAUCUGUGGACAAGAAUAAUUAAAUACGAUGACGAGGAUUUUGGUUCAGCGGGGUUCGUCUGGCACUUCUUCAUCAAACCCAAGUCGUUCUUCUCUGUCCGGUUCUUCUUCAACUCGGGCAGAGCCAUCCGCAGUAGUUCCCCCGGCUCCUGCGACUGCGAAAGAUGAGGACAGUGGACAGGAGGUACCGGACCUAGUUGUUAACAACGAGCUUUUGGACUAUUCCGGGAGUAGUGACGGGAAGACAAAGAACGACGAUCAUUUGGUAGAAAAUCUUCAUUUUGAGCAGAAUCAGAAUGACACAAGUGAUGAAAUAGCUGACGUUGAGGAAGCUGUUAAGGAGGAGGUAGCGGGUAGGCGAGAAUAUGACAACGGGUUGUGUGGAUUGAAAAUUUCAGAAAGACCUGCAACAGGAAGCGAGGGUUCAAGCGGUGAUUCUUUGCGCAGUGCUAACAGUACUCCAAAUCCGCCACCUCCUCCUGUUCCUCCUCCAAAACCGUCAGCCCCGAACUUGAAUUCAAAGAAAAAUGUGUCAUCAAAUUCAAAUGCUGUCCAAAUAGGACCGUCUCGAAGAGCAUCUGCGUGGCCCGUUGUUUCAGCCAGGACUUCACCUGCUGGGUCUCGACCCACUUCCCCGAAGUCUCUUAAUGAGAAUGAGGGCUACAAUAGCGCUGACGAACAGAUUCCAUGCUGUCCGUCCUCUUAUGAUGAUUUAGAGAGAGAGCGGCAAUUUGAAAUUGAUAUCAGAAGGGCAAAAGGUUAUGAAGUAAAAAGAAUGCUGGAGGAUGGAAACUGUCUUUUUCGUGCAGUUGCAGACCAGGUUUAUGGGGACUCUGAUUUAUAUGAUCGGGUCCGACAGAUGUGCAUAGACUAUAUGGAGCGAGAAAGAGACCACUUUUCUCAAUUUAUUACGGAAGGCUUCACAUCUUAUUGUAAGAGGAAGAGAAGAGAUAAGGUCUAUGGAAACAAUGUUGAGAUUCAGUCCAUGUGUGAGAUGUAUAAUCGUCCCAUUCAUAUAUACUAUUAUACUAUAGAACCCAUCAACAUCUUUCAUGGAAAUUAUGACACUGACACACCACCCAUACGACUGAGUUAUCAUCAUGGGAAUCAUUACAAUUCCCUUAUUGACCCACGACGCUUGACAAUUGGUGCAGGACUGGGGUUUAGCUGCCUUCGUGGGACAAACGUUGACAAAGAUCAAGUCAAGGCUGCAAUCAAAGCUCAGCAAGACCAACAGAUUGAUAAUGCACUUUUAGCAGAGGGACGGUUUUACUCCGAUCUUGAGUUUACAGAAAAGGAGAUUGAGCACAUGGUGAUAGAAGCUUCUCGGGCUGAAUAUCUUGCUGAUGUUACAUUUAAGCAGCAGCUUGCUCAUAGAGAAUCCUCCACUUCAAAUGCCGAACCAUCAUCUUCUGGAGCAAGAUCAUCAGGUGGAGAUGGCAAGACGGAGACGGGGAAAGAGCGAGAUUCAAAUCUGAGCAAUAGCAUGCAGAUGGUGCUAUCCAUGGGAUUCAGCUACCUGCAGGCGAUAGAGGCCUAUAGCAUAUUUGGGGAUGAUGUGGAAUCUAUGGUUUGUUACCUCUUGGAAACCAGCAGCAGCAGCAGACGGAAAGGCAAGGCCACCGAAUGAACUCUGAACUUACUGGGAGGCGACAUGCAAUGUAGUCAACUGUGGUCAAUUUAUGAAGACGAAACUUGGAACUUAAAAUAUUCAACUAUCGUCCUAGUCCAUUAAUUAAAUAAUAAUCUUGUACUAGGCUUUUUUGAAUUUAAUAUCCGGCAUAUGCAUGAGGUCCAAAAAAGGAAAUGAUCAAUUACCACAACUCAGUUAACAAAUUUUAUAUGAAUGCUCGCUAUGCUACUGUAAGAAUUGGGUAAAAUAAAUAUUUCCUAAAUCUGUUCAGGUGUUUA